UCUACUUCCUGUGGUUAUUUCAUAAACUCCGGACGCAGAGGAGAAGGAUGUUGUCCCUCUCUCGAGCUGUGGUGAGCGGGGUGGUCCGAACCCCAGCUGCUGUCAGUCAAGCUGGAGUGACUGCCAUCACCCGGUUCAACAGCACAGCACAGACUGCUCCAAAGAAAACAACAUUUGGCCCGCUGGCUGAUGAGGACAGAAUUUUCACAAACCUGUACGGCCGUCAUGACUGGAGGCUGAACGGGGCUUUGAAGCGCGGUGACUGGUACAAAACUAAGGAGAUUCUUCUCAACGGAGUCGACUGGAUCCUCAAUGAGAUCAAGGUCUCCGGCCUGCGUGGGAGAGGUGGAGCCGGUUUCCCUACAGGCAUGAAAUGGAGCUUCAUGAACAAACCCAGCGAUGGCAGGCCAAAGUAUCUGGUGGUGAACGCAGAUGAGGGUGAGCCUGGCACCUGUAAGGACAGAGAGAUCAUGAGGCACGACCCACACAAGCUGGUGGAGGGCUGUCUGAUCGCUGGAAAGGCCAUGGGGGCACGUGCUGCUUAUAUUUAUAUUAGAGGAGAGUUCUACAACGAGUCAUCAAACCUGCAGGUUGCUAUCAAUGAGGCCUAUGCCGCUGGGCUGAUUGGAAAGAAUUCCUGCGGCUCUGGUUAUGACUUCGAUGUGUUUGUGAUGCGUGGUGCUGGAGCGUAUAUCUGCGGAGAGGAGACCGCUCUUAUUGAAUCCCUGGAGGGAAAGCAAGGGAAGCCCCGCCUGAAGCCUCCAUUUCCUGCUGACGUGGGGGCGUUUGGUUGCCCUACAACGGUUGCCAAUGUGGAGACGGUAUCCGUGGCACCCACCAUCUGUCGCCGUGGAGGCUCUUGGUUUCUAGGCUUUGGCAGAGAGAGAAACUCGGGCACCAAGCUCUUCAACAUCUCCGGCCAUGUGAACACCCCCUGCACUGUGGAGGAGGAGAUGUCUAUCCCUCUGAAAGAACUCAUCGAGAGGCAUGCAGGUGGAGUGCGUGGUGGGUGGGACAACCUUCUGGCUGUAAUCCCCGGGGGCUCCUCAACUCCCCUCAUCCCUAAAAGCGUGUGUGAAGACGUGCUGAUGGACUUCGACGGCCUCGUCCAAGCUCAGACUGGGCUCGGCACAGCUGCCUUGAUCGUCAUGGACAAAUCGACUGACAUUAUCCGAGCCAUCGCACGCCUGAUUGAGUUCUACAAACAUGAGAGCUGCGGCCAGUGCACGCCAUGCAGAGAAGGAGUGGACUGGAUGAACGAUAUGAUGUGGCGUUUUGUAAAGGGAGAUGCACGACAAGCUGAGAUUGACAUGAUUUGGGAGAUCAGUAAGCAGAUUGAGGGUCACACCAUCUGUGCCCUGGGAGAUGGUGCAGCAUGGCCAGUGCAGGGAUUGAUCAGACACUUCCGGCCUGUGAUGGAAAACCGAAUUUCUGAAUUCCAGCAGCAGGCCAGGGCUUGAAUGGCUCCUUUCUACUUCCUUGAAUUUCAUCUUCUGCCUCAUAUUCCCUCUAUCCCACGUGUGUCAGUGACAAAUUAUUUAAGAGGAUAAUGUGACGUCUUUUCACCAUCGAGAUUCGCAUUGAUGUGUCUGCCUUGUAUGUUAAGAUUACCAAUAAAGUUCUAUGAACCUUUAAAGAA